UGUAAAAACAGUAAGCUUGGUGUCCAAGAGUUGCGGGACUGGCGGAGAGGUGGUGAACGCGGUGGUGGAAGAGAGUGAAGGAGUUGGGAUAGAAGAGGAGCUGAGGAGAGGGUUCAUGCUGAAUUGGACAGCGAGUGAUUGCAAGUUGUGCAAUAGCACAGGAGGAAGGUGUGGCUUCAAUUCAACUAUAUUCACUUUCCAGUGUUACUGCACUGAUCGAAUUCAUGCUUCCAAAUGUUGAUAUUUCAGAUGGUAGAAGCAAGGCUUCCAUGAAGAUGGGACUUGCACUAGGACUAGCUGCUGCGGUUACUAUGCUGUUAGUAAUGGUCACCCUCUACUACACAAGACGGAAGAAGCAAAACUCAAAACACCUUCUGGUUGAUGCCUUUUUGGAGAGGCAUGGACACCUUCAAAUCAAGAGGUACAGCUAUUCCGACAUGAAGAAAGUGACCAACUCCUUCAAAAACAAACUAGGUGAAGGGGGAUUUGGCAGUGUAUACAAAGGACAAUUAAAGGAUGGACGACAUGUUGCAGUGAAGAUCCUAAGUGAAUUGAAAGGUGAUGGUGAAGAUUUCAUCAAUGAAGUUGUGAGCAUGAGCAGAACUUCUCAUGUUAACAUUGUUGCUCUUCUUGGCUUCUGCUUUCAAGGUUCUAAACAAGCUUUAGUUUAUGAAUUUAUGCCUAAUGGGUCCCUUGAGAAGCUACUCUCUGAUGAACAUGACGUGAUAGGGGAUCGCCAAUUAGAUUAUCAAACUUUAUAUGAUAUUGCAAUUGGUGUUGCUAAAGGACUAGAGUAUCUGCAUAAGGGCUGCAAUACUAGAAUUCUGCAUUUUGAUAUAAAGCCUCAUAACAUUCUCUUGGAUGAGAAUUUCUGUCCCAAAAUUUCAGACUUUGGACUUGCCAAAGUUUGUACAAGAAAAGAAAGCAUGGUAUCGAUUUCUGGUACAAGAGGGACUGCAGGUUAUAUUGCCCCAGAGGUAUUUUCUAGGAAUUUUGGUGUAAUAUCACAUAAGUCGGAUGUUUAUAGUUAUGGAAUGAUGGUUUUAGAGAUGGUUGGGAGAAGAAGGAAUAUCAAGACUGAAGUAGAUGCUUCAAGUGAAACGUAUUUUCCUUAUUGGAUAUACAAUAGACUUGUGUCAAAUCAAGAGCUUGGUCUACAGAGUAUAAGCAAUGAAUUUGAUAAUGAGAAGGUAAGAAAGCUGACAAUAGUGAGCUUAUGGUGCAUUCAAACUAACCCUUCAAAUCGGCCAUCAAUAAGUACGGUGGUGGAAAUGCUAGAAGGAAGAGUUGAAUUGUUACAAUUGCCACCUAAACCAUUUUGGUUUUCUCCCUCGGCCUCUCCCUGAAUUAUUUGAAACAUUGUAAUUAAUAUGUUCUGUACAUGUAAUUAGUCGUCUUUUCUUCUUAUAUAAUAGUAGCCUCAGGACAAAUUUACUAAAACAUCUUAUGGAUAAAGGGAAAAAUCUUUGUAUUAGCUUUGUUUAUGU